AUGAUUAAACAAUCACUGCUCGUUGUAUUGUGCAUUGUAAUUGGCUUGAUUUACAGUGUCAACUCUGAAUUGACCAAAGUAAGCCUCCAAACCUUGUCCUAUCCAUACAAUGAAUUAGAACCUGUUAUUGAUGAAGCCACCAUGAAAGUACAUCAUUCCGGACAUCAUCAAGCCUAUGUAAAUAAUAUUAAUGCUGCUCUUGGAGUUUUAAAGGCUGAUCCGAUCGUUGAAAAGAGUAGCAGAGUUGAAACUCUCCUUGCCAAUUUACAUUUACUCACCACAAGUGAUGAAGCUACCAGAAAACAAGUUAGAAAUAAUGGAGGUGGUGUUGUGAAUCAUAAUUUAUUCUUUGCUUCUUUGAAGAAGCCUUCCUCUGGUGAGAAUAAGCCAACUCCAAGAGUUGAACAAGCUUUGGUUAAACAUUUUGGAUCUGUUGAAAAGUUUAUUGCUCAAUUCAAUGAUGCUUCUAUGAAAGUUUUUGGAUCUGGUUGGGUCUUUUUAUUGAAGAGAGUUAAUACUGCUAAUCCAACUCAAUUUGAUUUGGUUAUCAAGAGUUUUGCCAAUCAAGAUAAUGCUUAUUUGAAUGAAAAUUCUGCUGAUUCAAAGCAACUGACUAUUGAGGAGCCAAUCUUAUCACUUGAUGUUUGGGAGCAUGCUUAUUAUUUGAAGCACCAAAAUAGACGUUUGAAUUAUGUCAAUGAUUAUUGGAAAGUUAUUGAUUGGAGUAAGGUAGAGGAAAGACUUGUCAAAUGCCAUCUUGAUGUAGAAUUUAUUGGAAAUAUUGAUUUGACUGGUAUUUCAACAUGUUCAAAGGAUGAAUUGUAA